AUGUAUACAACCUCCGCGCCCGCCCAGGUUAACGGCGGCAGCGGCAUGGGCAACAACCGCGUCGACUCCGGGACUAUCAACCCCGCGGAUCUCAACUCUCCCAUCUCCCUUCCAUCUACUGUGCUUGCUACGGAUCUCACCGCUGACGCGACUGGCUCCCGCGGCAUCAAGCGCAGCCGUUCAGAAGACCAGUAUGGCGAGCAGCUCGCCGACCAGGAUAUCGAAGAUGACAGUAGGCGCAAAAGAGGGCGACCCCCAAAAGCCACCCGCCCGCCGAGCACAUCCAUCAUUACCGCCAGUCACAACAACCUCAGCACCAACGCCAGCGGCAACAGCAUCAACCUCAACAACACGCCCAUUGUUGCUACGACGAUAACGACAGCUGCAGCGGCCAUGGCGUCCUCGCAGUCGCCCCUCCAGACGCCUAGAAUAGCCCCAGAUAUCCCCCUUCAGUCAUCUCCGCCCAAGGCUACGCCGACAAAAUCCGUCCUCAAAGCCCUGCCCACAGUCCGAGACCACACGACAGACCAGCUAGGAGAAGACGGCGAUGAGUAUAUUCCCAAAGAGUUCGAUGCAAACGGCGAGAAGAAGGUCGACGGGCUAGGCUAUCUGCAGGAUACCCGUACCUACAAGUGUCGCACUUUUCGCCUCUCAAACCGCGGCAACAAGCUCUUCAUGCUGGCUACAGAGUGUGCGCGCGUUCUAGGCUACCGCGACUCUUACCUCCUCUUCAACAAGAACAGAUCUCUAUUCAAAAUUAUCGCCAACCAGGCCGAAAAGGACGAUCUGAUCGCGCAGGACAUCCUGCCGUACUCGUACCGCUCGCGCCAGAUUGCCAUAGUUACUGCUCGUUCCAUGUUCCGUCAGUUCGGCAGCAGGGUCAUAGUAAAUGGCCGACGCGUGCGCGAUGAUUACUGGGAGAGCAAGGCUAUUAAACAAGGGUUUACAGAAGAGGACAUGGCUGGCGAGAAGCGUCCAGGAGCAGGAAAGGCACGGGAGGCUGCUGCCGCCGAAGCAGCCGCUUCGAUGAAUGCCAUGCCCUCACUUGGUCAUAACGAUGUCAUCUAUACCAACACCUCGACCGACGCUCACGGCCUACCUUCGACACUCUCGCAUCCUGCCUCGCUUGCUCCCUUGCCCAUGAUCAACCCCGCCCCGUCUGAUGAUCCACGUCUUCGCGAAUACAACAGCCUCCCACGGCCUAGGCAGGAUCUAGGCGGCCAGCCAUACCAGGACCGCUCCGUCCCCAGCGCUGCCGCUGAUAUCGUCAAUCAGGCUUCGCAUACGGCAGAGUUUAGUAAGAUCCUUAAUCAGCAGCGAAGUUUCCGCGCGAAGGGUCUAGAGGAUCACUGGAAUAGGCCGCGCGAGAUUCCGAUAUCAGACGUGAAUGUUCAAACUCUCCCGUCAUCCACCGGUGGCAGCCAGCUUAACACAAACCUGCAAUCUCCCCAGCUCAACUCCUCGGGCAUGAUUUCCUCCUUGCAGCCGCAGCCUCUGCUGCAACAGCCACAGACCGUCAUGACACCCCAUACAUCAUACUCGCCGGCUCUCCACCACCAGCAACAGCAGCCCCAGCAUCACCAGCAACCCCAACACCAGCAACCGUCCAUGUCACCUCCACUUCGCACUAUGCAACAGCAGCAAGGCCAUCACCGCUCUCCAAACAACCCCAUGUCACUUCCUCUCUCCUCCACACCGGUCUCACUUCCUGUGUCCUCCCAGUCAUCGCUAUAUGCAUACCCGCAACAGCAAUUCUGGGGAGCUCCACCACAGCAACCACUUCCACAUCAGCAACCACAGCAACACCAUCCAUCUCAACCAUCACCUUCACACACACAACAUCAACCCCAACACCAUCAAUCGAUUGGAAUGCAGCAUCCACAGUAUGCAUCUCCACUGCAUAACCAACACCAUCCACACCAUCCAUCACAAUCACCAGGCCAACGGCAACUCGCCUCCCCACAGCUUCAACCACAGCAGCAACAACCCCAUACACAGCAGCCAGGUAUGAAUUCUAUGGCCUACCCGGGCGUAGUCAACACGGCAUAUUCCAUGGCAGGACCAGGUGCGGCCGCUGGGGCAAGAAUGUACACUUCUCCAGGCAUGAUACAACAGCCCUUCGGAAUGGGAGUUGGAGGUGUUAGUGCUGGUGGUGCUGGCAUGAUGCCAGCCGUAUCUGCGGGCACCGGCGCUAGUUUACCUUGGUCGCCGACUGGACCACAGGGACAGGGCCAGGCAGGCCCGCAGGGAACACACGGUUCAUGGCCUGGGACUUACUAG